UGUGUGUGUGUGUGUGUGUAGCUCUCUGGUUGUAGAGAGGCAGCCCUGCAUGCCCACCCACCCACAGAGACCCUUGGUGCUGAAAACAGGCGUCCAGUUCACAGUGAAGCUACGGUUCCUGGUGAAGCUGCAGGAGUUUAACUACCAGCUCAAAGUCAAGGCGAUGUUUGACAAAGAUGUUACAGAGAAGAAAGGGUUUCGGAAGUUCAAUAUUUUGGGAACAAACACCAAAGUGAUGAACAUGGAGGAGUCGAAUGGCAGCCUGGCAGCGGAGUUCAGACAUCUGCAACUGAAAGAGCAGAAAGUUGCCGGCAACCGAACGAACGAGGGUCCCCUGGAUCCGUCACAGAGGAGCUGUCACUCGCUCACCUUUUGGUCGGAGCUGCACGCUCAAACCAGUUCGGGACUCAACAUCGAAACUCGAGGUGAUGUCUCUGCGGUGUUGUGCGUCAUCUGCUAACGUCUGUCAGGCUGCUGCUGGGCUGGGCCUCCAUCCGUCUGGUAGCAACGAUGCUGACCACUGAGCCGCAAGGGU